CAAUAAAACAAGAGGAACCAGAAACCUGGAGAAUAAAACAAGAGGAACAAGGAGAGUACAUUGAAGAAAAAGAGGAAAAUGAAGAAUCAAAUCAUCAAGAGAAGCAGCAUGCAUGUGAUCAAUGCGGUAAAAUGUUUUUAUGGGCUUCACUUCUGAAGAAACACUUGAAAGUUCAUGCAAAGAAGAAGCCACAUUCAUGUCAUUUGUGUGGUAAGAGUUUUUUGCAUCUACAAAGUUUGAAAGAACAUCUUCAGAUAAUACAUACUGGCAUGAGAGAGUACGUGUGCUUUGAGUGUGAGAAGACUUUUAGUUCAGUGAGCAGUUUAAAACUGCACGAGAGGAUUCACACUGGAGAGAAACCUUACAAGUGUUCACAUUGUGACUGGAGAUUCAGUCAUCCAUCAAAUCUGAAAAGACAUGAGAGGAUUCACACUGGAGAGAAACCUUACAAGUGUUCACACUGUGACAAGAGAUUCAGUCGGUUAACACAUCUGAAAACACAUGAAAGGAUUCACACUGAAGAGAAAGCUUACAAGUGUUCAAACUGUGACAAGAGAUUCAAUCACUCAUCAAAUCUGAAAAAACAUGAGAGGAUCCACACUGGAGAGAAACCUUACAAGUGUUCACACUGUGACAAGAGAUUCGGUGAUUCAUCAAGUCUGAAAAAACAUGAGAGGCUUCACACUGGAGAGAAACCUUAUAAGUGUUCACACUGUGACAUGAGAUUUAGUGUGUCAUCAAAUCUGAUAACACAUGAGAGGAUUCACACUGGAGAGAAACCUUACAAGUGUUCACACUGUGACAAGAGAUUCAGUCAGUCAAUAAAGCUGAAAAGACAUGAGAGGAUUCACACUGGAUAGAAAGCACAUCACCUCAAUGUACGUGAGAAGUGUUCCUUUAUGUCAUCUGUUACACACAGUCAUACAAAAAACAAACACAGUAAGGCCCCGUACAUGCAAAGACACAUUUAGUUGUAUAUGUAAAUAUUUUGUAUGGUACCGUAUAUGUGUUUCGUCCAGACGGAUUCAGCAUUUUGGGAGAGUGAAUUAUUUUUUUUAAACUAGGUCCCAGAGUGGAUAAAUUUGAAAAUAAUACCUUUUUUGCUUUUGUGUUCUGCCAAUCCAUAAAUUUUGAUAAACAAUUAUGUCAUCACCCCACGUCUCUACUAUAGUCAGACACCACUACGUUGUAGAGCUGCAUGAUAUUGGAAAAAAAACUCACAUCUUGAUAAUGUUUCUCUGCAAUGUAUAACAAAUCACCAGAUGACUUAAACAGCUCUAUUUGGGGAAAGAAAAAAUUAAUGAUUGGGGUGAUUUUGUAGGUGAAUAAAUCAGCUAUGAAAAUAAGUAAAUUAAAACAUAGAUAAAUAUGAUAGAAAAAUGGUACAAAUGAAAAAAGUGCUUUAUAUUCUGCAGUCCAACUUUUACUGUCUGUUACAGUUAAGUCUUAUACAUUACUGCUGCGUUACAUUGCUGACAGAAUGCAGUGUUUAUAAUCUAGAGAUUGUAAAGAGGAUGUAGCUCACGCACUGUCACGUCAAGUGCCAGUGGAUUACAGACUUGCUCCCGCGGGACCCGAUGCAACAGGGAGCGGUGCGGGACAAGACUCGUGUGUGUGCAGGACACAGGAAAAUAAAAAAAGAAGUAUCUAAACAUAAUAAAUCUAAAACAAAUAAAUGAUUUAUCUAUUACACAAAAGCAAAAUUAACUCAUAUAUAAUAUAAACAAUUGACAGGUGCAAGCGUAUGCAGAGCUUCUAUUUAGGCUAUAACAGGGAUUGGUUUGUCGCACGAUGAGAUUGAUGCAAGAUACUGAUCCAAAAGCACACCUUUUUGUGAAUAAAAGUUUAAUUUCGGCUAAGCGAGUUAAUAAUAUAUUAAUAAAAAGUUCAAAGUUUAAUAUGAGCGGAUUUGUCAUCGUACUGUUUUAGCAUGUUUUGUUAUUAAUAAUUAUAGGCUAACGAUGAGUCACAAAUUAAGUAUUCGUUUGAAGUAAGAGGAAAAUGUAGAUUCAUAUUCACGUAUAUUCUGACAUAGUUUUGCACAUAGACUGUGUCAUUUCAGGCAUAAAUUGAGAUGGAGGUGAGCAUAAUUCAGUGUCCACACACAUCUGCGUGGCUCUCACAGUGUCUACACCAUAUGCCAGCGGCGCAACAACAUGCAAUAGACCCCAUUAUAAUCAGUGAUGCUGUUUACAGUAGAUGUGGUGCUACGUGACAAAUCGCAGAGAGUAAUUCAGUUCAAGCUAAAAGCACAAAACCUGAUUCAUAUUUAUAAAUCCAGCAGCUCAUUAACCUUUAGUAAUCCUUGGUGUAUUUUAUAGUUAUUAUUAUUAGAAUUCAUAUUAUUAUUUUCCUAUCAGUAUUUUUGUUAGUUUUUUCCCAUUUUUGUCAAAAAUUGAAUGACAGAAAAAACAACUACCUCUCAAGUUAAAAUUCAGUUUGUUAAAAUUCAGUUUGUUAAAGUUCAGUUUGAUGAAAUUCAGUUUGUUAAAGUUCAGUUUGAUGAAUAAUGAGUAAUAUGCAUUCAAACAUGGUUAUCAAAUUUACUUCUAAUUGCUUAAGUUAUGUUAAAUAAUACUUGAUUAUUAUAAAGCUUGACUGUAAAAGAAUUUCUCAGUGUGGUUCAAUAAAGUAAUUCUGAGUCUGAUUUUGA